AAGUUAAGCACAUAAUUAUUGCAAUCUUUGCUCCUUUUUUUUCUUUCAAUUUCCCACUAACUAUCAAGUAUCAACAACGUUUUUGUGAGUGUCACCACAAACCCAAUUGAAGCAAACAAAACAAUGGUAGUUACAUCUAUUCGUCUUCUUCCUUCUUCCCUAACUUCAUUCGUUCAACAUCGCUCUCCUUAUUCAUGGCGGAGUUUGCGUCCUUCUUCCAUCUCAUUUCCACUUUCUCCCAUCCACUCCACUACUAUUUCUUCCAAUGGAAUUAUUGGUGAUGUUGAUCAUCAAUCACAAGUUAUAUUCAUCGGUACCGGAACCAGUGAAGGAAUUCCCAGAGUUAGCUGCUUGACCAAUCCUUCAAAUCAAUGUCCGGUUUGUUUAAAAGCUGCUAAUCCGAGUGAUAAGAAUAGGAGACUUAACACAAGUAUCCUUGUUCGUCACUCGAACUCCAAAGGAACACACAAUAUUCUUAUAGAUGCUGGAAAAUUUUUCUACCACAGUGCUCUCCGGUGGUUCCCUGAAUUUGGGAUAAGAACAAUUGAUGCAGUUAUUAUUACUCAUUCUCAUGCUGACGCAAUUGGAGGUCUUGAUGAUCUUAGAGACUGGACUAACAAUGUUCAGCCUUCUAUUCCAAUUUAUGUAGCCAAGCGUGACUUUGAGGUGAUGAAGAAGACACAUUAUUAUUUAGUAGAUACAAGUGUAGUCCAACCUGGUGCUGCAGUCUCAGCAUUGCAAUUCAAUAGUAUAUCUGAAGAACCAUUUUUUGUACAUGGAUUGAAGUUUACUCCACUACCAGUGUGGCAUGGCAAAGGUUAUCGAUCCCUUGGUUUCCGUUUUGGUAAUAUAUGUUACAUAAGUGAUGUCAGUGAUAUUCCUGAAGAAACUUAUCCACUUUUGGAGGGCUGUGAACUUCUAAUCAUGGAUGCUUUGAGGCCUGAUCGUUCUUCAGCUACACAUUUUGGACUUCCAAGGGCCUUAGAGGAAGUGCGAAAAAUUCAACCCAAAAGGACACUUUUUACUGGUAUGAUGCAUCUGAUGGAUCACGAAGAAGUGAAUGGCUACCUUACAAAAUUAAUGGAGUCUGAGGGCCUUGAUGCGCAACUGAGCUAUGACGGGCUUUCUGUAGCAGUCAGACUCUAACUACAGUUUCACUCAUAAGAGGACCAUCAUUUUUUUCUCACUAUGAAAAGUUAUUGUUUAUUGAAUAACCAUUGAAAUGAAUGUCAUUACCAGGUUUUUUACGGUAUGUACAUUUUGCAGGCUCCUGCAGCUAUUCUGCCUUUUUCCCUAUCAUCAUUCUUUAUUUCUUCUUUACCUCUCUUAACACUAAGGAUGAUACCAUACAUAUGUUACAGGAAUUUAUCAUGUGAUAUAACUUUGCUUUAUUUUAUAGUUUCCUUUCCCUAAUAAAAGGGUUAGUCA